AGGUACGAAUAGUGAGAUUGUGGCACGUUCCCGACCGCGACAAACCAGAUAACACCGUCUCCCUUGAAUUAAUUAUUCAAGACGAAAAGGGCGAUCGCAUUCAUGCGACUGUUGGUCGGUCACUUAUACGUAUGUUCAAACCAAAGUUAAAAUAAUUGGGUUUGUACGUUAUGAAGAACUUUGUGGUUGGACCAAAUUAUACAAAACUUAAAUACACGCGGCAUAAUUUGAAGUUGGCAUUUACUCAUAAGACGAUUGUAGAGGAAGCAAAUGAUCAUCUUUUUGGUAUGACUAUCUUCGACUUAAAACCUUAUGAGUAUUUGAUAAACAAAAUUGAUGUUGAAGAAAGUGAACUUUUCGAUGUCAUUGGAGAGGUUGUAAGUUAUGGUGAGGUAGAAUCCCAUACCCAAGGUGAUAAAACCAGCAAUUAUAUGCAUGUGGAACUUGAAGAUCAUGAGAGGAAUAAUAUCUCUGCAACAUUUUGGGGAGAAUUCGUUGACCAAAUCUUGCCACAUUUACAGGGAUCACCCCAUCAGCUGGUCAUAAUUGUUAUGCAGUUGAUAAAAGCGCACAAAUUUCAAGGUAUUUCUAUUGUACUGAUGUUAUUUGAUAAUAUAUUUAUGUUAAGUUUUUGUUUCAAAAAUUAAAGUUAUAUAUAGGCAAAUAUUCUGUGCGUAAUACUUGGCAUGCC